AUGCCGCCGCCGCCGUCACUGCCGUGGAUCUUCAUCUGCCCGUCGAGCCGGGGCAUCGGCCGCGCCCUCACGCGGCGCCUGCUGGCCACGACGACGCUGCCGGUGCUGGCCACGACGCGCUCAGGCGACACGGCGGCGGCCAAGGCGGCGCUGCUCGACGGCCUGGACGGCCUGGACGGCCUGGCGCCGGACGACUUUCGGCGGCUGACGGUGGUGCGGUGCGACGUGGGCGACGAGGCGUCGGUGCGCGAGGCGGCCCGCGUCGCGGCGACGCUGUUCCCGCCGGCGACGCACCACCUGCACCUCGGGUGCGCCGUGGCGGGCGUGCUGCACGCGGAAAAGGCGCCGGCGGGCGUCGACGCCGAGCUGGCGCUGGAGUCGUUCCGCGUCAACGCCGUGGGGCCGCUGGUGCUGGCGAAGCACUUCUUCGCCUUGCUGCCGCGGCGCGCCACGACCGUCUGCGCGGCCGACGCUUCGUCCCUCGGCGCGCUGGCCCCCGCGCACGCGACCUGGCUCGCCAUGGCGGCGCGCGUCGGCUCGACGACGGACAACCGCGCCGGCGGCUGGUUCUCGUACCGCGCCAGCAAGGCCGCCGUCAUCAGCCUGGCGCGCAGCCUGGACCUGUUCCUCGCGGCGCGCAGCGGCCGCCGCGCCCUCGCCGUCGCCUACCACCCGGGCAGCGUGCGCACCGACCUCAGCCGCGACUUCUGGGCCGGCGUCGCCCCGGGCAAGCUCUUCAGCCCCGAGUACGCGGCCGAGCGCCUCGUCGACGUCGUCGGCCGCAUGCGCGUCGAGCAGCGGGGCAGGUGCUGGGACUGGAAGGGCGACGAGGUGCCGCCUUGA